UUUCAAAUAUAUUAAAAAUGUAUUUCAGGAUACACUUAAUCCGAUUGUUGUAACAUUGGAUAAAAAAAUGUUUGAUAGUUUAAUCAAGAAGAAAAAGAAGACGGAGAUGUGGCUAGUUGAUUUCUACUCGCCUUCAUGUCCGCCGUGCCAGGCCUUGCUACCUGAGUGGCGAAAACUAGCCAAGAUGUUAAAUGGUACAGCUAAUGUUGGGUCUGUAGAUUGUACUAAGAACAUGGACGUGUGCAAUGAGAACGGAGUAAACAGCUGGCCAACGGUUCGGCUUUAUCCAUCAGGAAAGCGUGGCAUUGCUGGUGCUCAGUAAGUUUAUUUGUUAUAGA